AUGUCAUUGAAUCCAAUGUCUGUAUUGGUAUCGAUAAAAACAUUGCGUCCAGAAGUGGACGACUAUUGGCUAUCUAUACCGGCGGCCGUGAAGACCAUCGAUGAACUCAAACAACAUAUACUGUUCAUUGAAUGCAUAGACCGAGACAUCGAUGUCGAGCUCUAUCUCUCCGACGGCUUACUUCGUGGCAACGCUUCCAUCUGUGAUGUCAUCCGAGACAGAGAUAGCAUCGAAAUACGGGUCAAAUGCGCGGACAAAAAGGCCGAAGCGAUCCUCCAAUGGAUUCGCGGAUUCAAUGAAACGCUUAAGAUAUCAAGUGAUGCGGAGUACGAGUUGAAGAACCGGUGCCACGGAUUGGACGCACUGUUGGCCGAGUGUCGGAUCAAUCCGAGAGACCAAUUGACAGGUGUUAUGGCUAAUGCCGAUCCUCUUGGAGGCCAAGUGCGUGACCGCGAAGAACUGCCACCAUUUGUACCAUAA